ACCUCAAAGACCAACCGUCUACCCCUCCGCGCAUCAUCCCCUGUCCGAGAUCAGAGCAAUCUGGUGGGAUAACAUCCUGAGCACGACAUCCUGAUCGACCCGUGCAAGUCGGUCACCACGUCUACCGGAUCAAAUUCUUCGAUCAGCCUCAGAUCAAAUGAUCGCGUUUCCUAGAUGACCUUCCCUCCCCCUCCCCCUUCCACUCAAUCAUCGAUUGCUUCUGGCACCGAUAAGUCCUCUUCUACCAGGUCUGCAAGAUCUCAACAGUCACCUUGGGGUUCUGCGCCUCAGUCCAGUCUACGCCGUGGGUUGACGCCGCUCGCAACCGCGAAUCUUUCGUCUGCGUCCGCCGCCGCAGCAUCAGCUCGUCGCUCGACUCAAUCGAGUAGUCCCGGUGCAGGUUUCUCGACGACGUCUCCCUUGACGUCUAGCUUCUCGUCGAUCUUGAACUCGGCAAACAGGCUUCCAGGGAGCCGUAGCGGCCCUUCCCCGGUCUCGACACCGUCGCCUUUUACAUCCCUUCAAACUGGCUCGCAGCAACACCAGCCGGGCCAGUCUCUCUCCUCUCCAAAAUCGAGGGCCUUGACGCCGUCUUCAGCGUCGCAUCUGGCUUCCGCAACCGUGGGCGGAGGAGGCAGCGGGGGCGGUGGUGGGACGGGACCCUCGAGAGGUGCAGCCUUCUCGCCGUUGUCAUCGGGUCCAACCGUUAACUCACCCACGGGCUUCUCUUCGGAUAAGCCAGGAUCUGGUGUAAACACAAGCCAGUCUUCUCUGACGAAGAUAUCGGUAGCCCAGGUUUUCCUUCUGCUGGACUCCAUCACCGAAAAAGAAGGGAAAGAGAAGUGGGAAACCAAAGCCGCUCAAAUCCAUAAGCUUGUGGAUUCGAACGGGAUGGAGGUUUUUUCCAAAUAUUUCCGCCGACUUGUGACUGGCAACGCUCCUCAGAUCUUCCCCGGCACCAACAAAGCCGUGGAGAAUGCCGGAAACUACCCCCUUCUAGUGCAGGAGAUGCAAAAGGCCACACAAGAUUUGGAUCAGGCACAAAGAAUUGCAGAGACAAUAGAUACAUCAGAUGGUGAUAUCUUUCGAGACUUCGAUCUCUCCACAUUCCUAGACCACUUCAAGCUUGACCCGUUGGCAAAGGUCUCCUUGGCACUGGCUUUCAAGACAGCAAACAAGUCUGACUUGCGUGCAAAAGCUGAUGCGAUCUUGACGAACUCGACGCCCCAGUUCUUGCAGAGUCUGGCUACGCCAUCUGAUGUUAACAAGGACUUCAGCGCUUCGUUCCUCGGCCUCACGAUUGAACGCUUUAUCCUCUAUCCGCCGCGCAAUUUCAAUGAAGAUGUGAAGACGAAACUGAUAUAUGCGGCCAGUCUGCGAUACCAGAAACUCGGAUCAGAUAUCCCUCCCGAGAUAUCAUCUGGUCUACAGAUGCUGCAUUUCAUCAAUCCUCGUCUCGUCCUUGUACGUCAGCUCCACUCCAGGGGACCGAAGGCCACUUCAAGCCAGGAUGCAGUGAAUGAGGCCAUAACCGCUGCCGGUUCGGAUAGUUGGAGCGAAGAGCACAUCGGCAAUGCUCUGCUCUUCAUGGUUCUGUCACAGUAUUUCCGGGACUAUUCACUGGAGACAUUCCUUAAAGCUGUCCAGGCACACUACGCCGAGAAACGGAUUAACUGGUCCACCAUUCUGCGGCAGUUUGACCGUGAAGGACUCCGCAUUGAUGCAGAACCAUUCGCGAAGCUAUAUUCAGCGUUACUGACGGUAGCAGUGGGGGAUUCUGCCUUAGACGUCCAAAGACUCUGGGGUGGUGACUGGGAACAUCGUGAUGCUCAGAUUUCUUUCCUGACGGCAUUCAUCAUAUCUGGCGUGGAUGUCACCCAGAUCCCCAACCUGAGAGCUACCUUCCAAGCGGAUCUGUUCGCAGAUGGUCCGGAGCCUGUUCGUCUCCGUGGCGAACGCGCUGUCAAGUCUCCGCUACGCUCUCUAGAUGCCAUGAGAGCUAUCUUUGAUCUGGCCCUGUUUUCACAGGCAUCAUGGGCGACUGCUGAAAGUCAGCUGUUAAUUAAGUCGGUUGUCCAGCAUGACCUCCCCGUUUUCCUUUGUUCGACGCUGGCUCUGCCGCAGCCUUGGACAAGCGUGCAGCAGAGCUUCGUGCUACGUACCCUCGUUGUUUUCCUCUUAAAACAAGAGGAAGGCUAUCAACUUGCGCUCCAUGGCGUCUGGAAACAGGACAGGCAAUGGGUUGCAGAGCAACUCUUCACGACGUUCACACAGGAUCCGACGACUACUGCCGCCAUCUACGAACAUGCUGUUGAGUACGGCUGGCUAGACUACCUUCUUGGUUUCACCAAUGGUCUUGCUAUAGAUCUUGCCUCUCUGGCCCAUCGAAAGGGUUCCUUCGACCUGGAACAGUGGGUCCGCAACGCAGCCCAGAAAGGACCUAUGGAUAUGGGUAGUCUCCUGUCAAAGUUUCUAAGGAUCAAGGCCGAGGAUGAACUUCAUGUCCAGAGAAAGGAACAGCCAGCUCCGCAAAUGGUGAGCUUAUCUGUCAAGACGGUCUUCACUCUUCUGUCAAUUCUGGAGGAAUACGUCGGCGACCGUGAGAACCUUACGCCCGUGCAGCGAAUCUGUAUCCAGACCUAUCCUAGAUUGAUCAACUAUGGAGAGGGAUUUGAUGACAUUAUCGAUGCUAAUGGCGAGAACGGAAACGCACUGCCUGAAGUCAUCGACAAGCAGAUGCAGGAACUGUUCGGCAAAAUGUACCAUGAAGAGCUGUCACUACGGGAGAUACUCGAGUUAAUGAGACGCUACAAGAAUUCACGUGAUCCCGCGGAGCAAGAUCUGUUCGCCUGCAUGGUUCAUGGACUCAUCGACGAGUAUCAUUGUUACCAUGAAUACCCAUUGGAGGCCUUGACCAAGACCGCCGUUAUGUUCGGUGGCAUCAUCAACUUCAGGCUGAUCGACGGUAUCCCUCUUAAAGUCGGCUUGGGUAUGAUCUUGGAAGCAGUUCGGGACCAUGAGCCACAUGACCCGAUGUACAAGUUUGGUGUCGAAGCGAUUGAGCAACUGAUCGCCCGUCUCCCGGAAUGGGUUGGAUUUUGCCACCUCUUGCUCCAAAUCCCAAGCCUCCAUGGCACGACCAUCUCACAAAAGGCAGAGGAGGUACUACGGGAACAGGGCAACCAAGCCGCCAGUGAAGCAGAGCUGGCGAGACUCAAUGGUGUUUCUGACGGACAGGUGGCCAUAAAUGGCAACGUCGAUGAGCUGAUGGCAUCUGACGGCGCGUCUCGCAAGUUCCGCUCGCUCCAUGUCGAUCCACCACUACGUCCUGAUAUCUAUCGGGAUCCAGACGAAGAGGUGCAGGACAAGAUCCUCUUCGUCUUGAACAAUGUGUCAGAGCAGAAUAUCGAGGUAAAGCUGAAGGAUCUUAAGGACGUUCUUCGUGAUGAACACCACCAGUGGUUUGCGUCCUAUCUUGUCGAGGAGAGAGCGAAGUUGCAACCAAACUUUCAACAGCUUUAUCUUGAUCUUUUAGAGCUCCUCGGUGAUAGGACGCUCUGGGCCGAGGUCCUCAGGGAGACCUAUGUCAGUGCUAUCAGGUUGCUGAACGCCGAGUCUACGUUGAACUCGUCAACUGAUCGGAGCCAUCUCAAAAACCUCGGCGCAUGGCUAGGGUCUCUGACCAUUGCUAAGGACAAGCCUAUCAAGCAUAAGAACAUCUAUUUCAAAGAGCUUCUUAUAGAAGGUUUCGAUACACAACGCCUCAUGGUUGUGAUCCCUUUCACUUGCAAAGUCCUCAUCCAGGCGGCUAAAUCCACCAUCUUCAGACCGCCCAACCCCUGGCUGAUGGACAUUCUUGCUCUACUAUUGGAGCUUUAUCACUUUGCUGAGCUCAAGUUGAACCUCAAAUUCGAGAUCGAGGUUCUCUGCAAAGAUCUGGAGCUCGAUCACAAGGCCAUUGAACCUUCUACGUGCAUCAGAGACCGUGCCGCUCAUGCUGAAGAUGGCAUAUCCACUGCCAACAUCCCCGAGGGCUUGGAAGCAUUCGAAGAUAUGUCGCUUGCGGCCAUUAACCAGGGAAUGCGGAACGAGAGGCUCUCGCCAGCUGCCAUCAUGUCAUCGCUGCCCAGCUUGGACAAGAUCCUUGUCUUCCCAUCGUCGGCAAGCAGCAUGGUCGACCCGAACGUGCUCAGACAGAUCGUUCACAGCGCAGUUGAGCGAGCCAUUGCUGAAAUCAUAACGCCUGUUGUAGAACGCUCUAUAACAAUUGCUUCGAUAUCGACCGUUCAGCUGGUGUCGAAGGAUUUCGCUAUGGAACCCGACGAGGAGAAGGUUCGUCACGCCGCUCAAAUCAUGGUCCGCCAACUUGCUGGUAGUCUGGCCUUGGUGACUUGUAAAGAGCCUCUGAAAAUGAGCAUGACAAACUACAUCCGGAUGAUCCAACAGGAGUAUUCUGAGCAGCCCAUGCCAGAAGGCUUAAUACUCAUGUGCGUCAAUGACAACCUAGAUGCUGCCUGUGGUAUCGUCGAGAAAGCAGCGGAAGAGAAGGCCAUCCCGGAGAUUGAGAAGGUCAUUGAGCCUCAACUAGAAGCACGCAGGAGGCACAGAGCAACGCGUCCGAAUGAACCGUUCAUCGAUCCUUCUAUGAAUCGCUGGGGCUUGUUCAUUCCUGAGCCCUACAGACAGGUUCCUGGAGGCCUCAACAAAGAACAGCUCGCAAUAUACGAGGACUUUGCUCGCCAAUCAAGAGGACCAGUAUCCGCGCACCUUCAAAGUAUUUCGACCGAUUCAGGUAGACAGCUGCCAGAUGUUCUUCAGGAAUCUUACCCGGCUAUUCCUAACCUCUCCACUCCUGCUGAACAGCCUGCUGUUCCUCACCAGACACCGCAAGCGCAGCAAGAUGCCCGUCUCCCGCAAUCCGGUGUGGUCGGUGCCCAGCCGCAGCUAAACGGUUUCCUCGAGGCACAGAGCCCCAGGGACAAAAUCGAUACUCUUGUCUCUGAUCUUCAGCUGGCUGCCCGGAAUGCUCCCGAAGAACAUAUCAAGGAACUCGGCAGGGAAAGCUCGGUCCUGCAGGCUUAUAAUCAAGUGCUGCGCACCAUCCUCUCCUCCCCGAAUGGCGAGGACUUGGCUAGGUUGACCGCUGUCAAGAUCUGUACGACAUUAUAUUCCCAAACUGAGCGUUCCCUGGAGAUUGAAGUCUUGGUCCACUUGCUCGCCAAGAUCUGCGACAUGUCCUCGCUAGUAGCGAGAUACACGUGGGCCAUUCUUUCGGAAGUGGACGACGAACAUAUGUUCAAUGUCCCUGUCACAGUUGCUCUCAUUGAUGCAGGACUGCUCGACCUCCAUCGGGUAGACAUGAUCCUUACGAAGUUGAUUCUGCAGAAGAAUACUAGUGCCUUAGAGCUUCUCUCUAACUUGAUGGACCAUGUUCUUUUCAAUGAUGAACCAUCGGCUCUGCGAUCUGAUUUCUCUGGAAGCUUGGAAGCCAUGAAUCAGUGGCUUGUCGAAGACUCCAGCUUGUCAAUUGCCAGUGAAAUCAUUCGCAAACUGCGCGAAUCUGGGGUUCCUGAGGUGGCUGACUCUCUUCUCGGUGAUGAGGCGAGGGCGAAACGCGAUCAGAUGGAGUAUAUCUUCAGUGAAUGGAUCGGUGUCUACAAGUUCCCCGGCGCGACGGAUCGGACCUACUACAGUUUCCUGAAGGACAUGCACCAGAGGCAAGUUAUGAAUAACCAGGAGGAUUCAGCCCUAUUCUUCAGGCUGAGCAUCGAUAUCUCGGUUGCCAUGUUCGAGCACGAGUUACAGAACCCCAACGGUAGUCUCGACGAGGCAUUCCUGUACAUCGAUGCCCUUGCCAAACUUGUUAUCUUGUUGGUCAAGUUCCAGGGAGAGAGCACCGGAUCUGUCAAGGCCAGCAAGCCAGCUUACCUUAACUCUAUUCUCUCGCUCCUGGUCCUGGUCCUCAAUCAUCAUCAGGUUAUGCGUGGUGAGGCCUUCAAUCAGAGAGUCUUCUUCAGGCUGUUCUCCAGCAUCCUUUGCGAAUACUCGAUGAACGGGCUACAGCAGAGCGACCAACAUCAAGAUAUGAUGUUCGCCUUCGCCAACAAGUUCCUCUCUCUUCAGCCAAAAUACGCUCCUGUCUUUGUCUACGGAUGGUUGUCUCUAGUUUCGCACCGAGUUUUCAUGUCAGGCAUGCUGACCAUGCCGGAUGAAGCUGGCUGGGGACCUUACUGUGAGAUCAUGCAGGCCCUACUUUCGUAUAUCGGCGAACAACUCAAGCCAGCGAACGUUUCAUACGUUGCAAAGGACCUAUACAAGGGUGUUCUGCGUAUCCUUUUGAUCUUGCAUCAUGAUUUCCCUGAGUUCGUUGCGGAGAAUCACUUCCAGUUCUGCAACGUUAUCCCGGCUCAUUGUGCCCAACUGCGCAAUCUUGUUCUCAGUGCUUAUCCUUCCUCUUUCCACAAACUCCCAGACCCUUUCCGAGAAGGUCUCAAAGUCGAGCGGCUCGAGGAGAUAAGGGAAGCCCCGAAGAUCGCUGGGGAUAUCGUUGCUCCUCUCCAGAGGGCCGGCAUCAAGAACGUUGUUGACAGUGCACUCCAAAACAACAACGCAUCCGAAGCUUCUAUUCAGCAGAUUUGUGAAGCUAUCUAUAACCCGCCAAGCAAGGGCACUGGUCUCUUCAUGAUCCCCAUCAACGUUGACGUCGUUCUCGUUAAUGCUCUCGUUCUCUACAUUGGUCAGAGUGCGGUGUCUGCUGCUGCUUCCAAGGGAAACACCCGAGCCGUAUUUGACAGCUCGCCUCAUUCCGCCUUGCUGGAAAGACUUGCCAAAGUCCUUCAACCGGAGGCGCGGUACUACCUGCUGAGUGCCAUGGCAAACCAGUUGAGAUACCCGAACAGUCACACUUACUAUUUCAGCUUUGCUAUUCUCCAUCUCUUUGGAGUGGACUUCUCUGAGCAGCAAGAGUCAGACAUUCGUCAGCAGAUCAUCAGGGUGCUGCUUGAGCGCCUUAUCGUGCACCGGCCGCACCCAUGGGGCCUGAUCAUCACACUCCAGGAACUUCUACAGAACCGGAGCUAUACUUUCUUCCGUCUGCCAUUCAUACAGGCAGCUCCCGAGAUCGGUCGCCUCUUUGAUGCUCUUCUCCAGCACAUUCAACAGCAGAGUCCUAGGGCCCUUGCUUAAACGCCUGCGUCGAAGUCUGUAUGUUCGACCAGCAUUUACUUCCAGCGUCUGCUGGGCGUGUCUCAUUACCUCGCAGGCAUCAAUGCCUUC